GUUAUAAGACGUGCCUGUGGUGGGCCCGGGCAUCUCAAAGGUCCCCCUCCCCUGCUCGGCUUACAGAAGGGCCCCUCCCCCACUAUGACUUCCUGCCUGCGGAUAGCUCGAGAUUAAUCGUGCAACCAUCACAUCCUCAACCAACAAACCGCACAACCCCGCCAAGUCGACUUCGAAUACCACACAACCACGACUCCUCUACCUCUCUUUCGAACCAAACUCAAGGCCACACAUCGUUGUCGCGAUCCCUCACACGCCCACAAUGUUGAUCAAGUACGCGAAUCCCAGUCGUCUAGACCUCUAGAGGCGGUGACACAACUCUACCUAUUGCGAAUAACUGCUUACACCAACAGGGUGCGCACGCUUACCGGCAAGGAGAUUGAGCUGGAUAUCGAGAACGAAUACAAGGCGCGUAACUUUCCCGAUACACUGCCCACCGGAUACAACACACAGACGGAGAGGGGGGAAACAUGACGCUGACCAAUCAUGCAACAGGUCUCUCAGAUCAAGGAGAAGGUUGAGGAGAAGGAGGGCAUCCCGCCUGUCCAGCAAAGACUCAUCUACGGCGGAAAGCAAAUGGUCGACGACAAGUCUGCGUCCGAAUAUGGCCUCGAGGCUGGUGCCACAUUGCAUUUGGUUCUUGCCCUUCGAGGUGGUUGUUAGCUCAGUUCCCGGCGAUGGCUUUUAACAAGAGAAGAGAGGACGGUAACAAUAUGCAGAUGUUUUCAGCGUUACUGAGACGGAGCAUACAGGGCCGAUGAGGAACGGCAUGCAGUAGCUGCGUCCAUUUGGGACAUCGAACAUUGCCUGUCCAAAGGAUGGAGGAGCUUGAGGCAGGCUGUCAUGCCAGGGUUAGACAAGGUCUGCUUUGGGAUUUGACAUCAAGGGAACCAUAGCCUAGCGCAUAAAGGCUGCCUGUGAUAAUCCGCACAUGGAGACUAGAGCCAGGUAGUGACAUGAACGUAGCAGUGGUCAAAGAGAUAGUGCCGAGUCGAAAGCAAACACACCGUCAUGUAUUUUCAAACG